UCGCGGGCGCGGCUUUUGCCGCGGGCUGACGCUUGAAGCCUGUGGGGAGCAGGCUGGUGGCGGCGCGGAAGAGGGCGCCCAUUUCCCCCCCGCGCCCGCCGCCUGCCGUGCUGCCACGAUGUUCCGGAUGCUGGGCAGCAGUUUCGAGGACGACCCCUUCUUCGCUGAUUCCUUUCUUGCACACCGAGAAAAUAUGCGCCACAUGAUGAGAAGUUUCUCUGAACCUUUUGGAAGAGACACGCUCAGUAUCUGUGAUGGGAGAAGAAGAACCCAUAAUCAUAGAGGACAUAAUGAUGAAGAUUCCUUAACUCAUACAGAUGUCAGCCCUUUUCAGGCAAUGGAUCGGAUGAUGUUCAAUAUGCAAAAUGGUAUGCAGGAGUUACAAAGAAACUUUGGUCAGCUUUCAAUGGAUCCAAAUGGACAUUCAUUUUGUUCUUCCUCUGUUAUGACAUAUUCCAAAGUAGGAGAUGAACCACCAAAGGUUUUCCAGGCCUCAACUCAAACCCGUAUGGCUCCAGGAGGAGUUGGAGUCAAGAGACUCAAGCCCUUCAGCAUAAAUGAUAAGAUAAAAGAAACCAGAAGAGCAGUGAGAGAUUCUGAUAGUGGUCUAGAGAAAAUGGCUGUUGGUCAUCAUAUACAUGACCGAGCUCAUGUCAUUAAAAAGUCCAAGGACAACAGGACAGGAGAUGAAGAGGUCAAUCAAGAGUUCAUCAAUAUGAAUGAAUGUGAUGCUCAUUCUUUUGAUAAUGAGUGGAAAAGUGAAGUUUUGAAGUUCAAGCCUAGUGGACGACCAUGCAAUCUAGAAAACACUAGAAUUCGAAGUGUGGGUCAUGAUAAUUCAGGGCCACGAGAACUCAAAAGGAGAGAGAAAAUUCAUCGAAGUUCAGCCCUUGAGAAUGGAAGACGACAAAACGUUUUUGUGGACAAACUCAAUGUCAAAGGAUCACCUGGGAAAAUCACCAAAAAAUAAAUAGCCAUGCAUUUCAUUUGUUUAGUUGGUUGUUUUAACAAAAGAAGUCAUGGUGCUAGGUAAUAACAUAAUACAAAAGACCAAUCUGUUGUUGAAUUGAUACUGUACUUAGCAACUUUCUUCUGAAUCUUAAUGUUCUCGUACGUUUUAGCUUUACAUUGUUCAUACUUUAGGAAUAAAAUUUUGAUGUUCAACAAUGUAAUUAAAUUGGUAAACAUUCUAUAUUAAACAAAACUUUUUAAGACAUACUAACUUUAAAAUGCACAUGCUGAUUUUGCUUUCUCGGUUAUUUUGAUAUGUAGUACAAAUAUAUAUACACUUGUUUACUUACCAUGGUUGAUUAUGGUUCUGAACUAGUUCUGUCAUUUAGCUUGGUACAAAAGUAGGAUGUUAAAAUAAAAUGCACUCAAGCCAUGUGGAUGGUGGCACAUGCCUUUAAUCCCAGUGCUCUGGAGGCAGAGACAGGUAGAUCUUUGAGUUUUAGGACAGCCAAGGCAACACAAAGAAGCCCUGUCUCAAAAAACCAAAAAAUAAAAUACACUUAGUGUCUGCUAACAUCCACAGUAGAGUGAUUUGAAUCAAAGUUUAGUCUUUCUCAAAUUUUGUAAUGUGCUAUAUACUUGCCUAACUUUAAAACCUUAAAAUAAUAAAACUAUAUUAGUGAUCCAGGCAAGGUAGCUCACAACUCUGAUCCAAACAUCCUAAAGAAUGAGGAAGAACUGCUGAGAGUUUGAAGUCCUGAACUAUAGAGUGUGCAACAAUAUCCCAAAAAUUAUAUAUACAAAUAUAUACACACAAUAUAUAAUACACACAAUAUACAUUAGUAUUUUAUAAGAAAUUUUUACUAUGAAAAAGAACAAGAAUAAUCAGUUGUUUUCAAGAAAAUAUUUUGAAUUGCUAACAUAUAUGAAUUUUGUUACUAUUUCUGCAUAUAGUAUAGGAUUUGUUCCAUACCACAUUCAUACAGUUUAUCAUCAUUUAAAUAUCAUUUCUCUUAAAAUUUUAAUGUGCAUAUUUCUGUCUUGUCAAAAUUCAAUGAGAGAUUCCUUUUACAUUUAGAAAAGUACAUUUUCUGGUCUGAAAACUAGAAUAAUUGAUUUUUCUCAAAAUUUGUUAGCUGUGUAUUUGAGCAAGGAAUUAAUAAUUCAGUUGCUCCCCUUAUAAUUAUACCACUUUAAAAAAUCAUUUAGCCUUUUACUCUGGUAUGCAAGCACUAAUCUAUAGAAGUUGGGGAUGAAGUUUUUAAGAAUAUAGAGAUCUUAAUCCUUUCAUAAUUUUUAUCAAGGAAAAAAAUGACCAAAAAAUGCAGUAUCAUUUUAUAAGCCUCAGCGUUUUCUAAGGAGUAAAACUAUGCUCAUAUUUUACAAAUGGACUAUAAUAUAUGCUUAGUUUUAUUGAUCUUUAAUUAUGUCCUUAAUUGGUCAUUAAAAUAAAAAGUGUUCAUUUAAUAACCAAACUUGAUAAUGUAUUAGUUAAAACGUUCCUCUUGCAUGGUUUACUAAAGCAAUAACAUAACAUUGGGAAGUUGUUAUAAUG